GGAUCGCAAUCACCGCUCCGGAUGGACCUUUGCUUGAUAAUGCAGAAAAAAAAAAAAAAACUGUAAAAUAUUGACACCUUUUUCAAUACUUGCUGUGUUGUGUUGUGUUGUAUUGUGUGUUCCGACUUCCCUUCUCUCUCUCUUUCACACAGUCACACAAAAUAUAGUCUCUCUUCCACACACACACUCAAUGCCCUUUUGUCUCUCCCUUUGCUGUCAAGUCUUCCUUUCUUCUGUCUUCACCUAACCUCCAAAUCUCCCUUUUUCCCUUCAACAAUGGCAGCACUUUCACCUUCAAACUAUUCUCAACAACCCCAUUUCCCAGUUCCUCAAAAAGCCUCAACAGUUAAGCAACAGCAGCAGCAACAAGUAAGCAACAGUAAGUCUUGUUCUCACGUUUUCUUGAAAUCUGUACUAGUCAUGUUUGUUCUUGUGGUUGUCCCACUUUUUCCUUCUCAAGCUCCUGACUUUAUAACUCAAAGUGUAGUAACUCAGUUUUGGGAGCUUUUUCAUCUGCUGUUUAUUGGCAUUGUUGUGUGUUAUGGCUUGUUUUGUAAGAGAAGUGAAACACAUUCAAGAUUUGAUAGUACUACUUCAGAUGAUGCAUAUGCUUCUGGGAUGUCUAAUGUAGUUUCAAUCUUUGAUAAUGGGGUUGAAAAUUAUUGUGGGUUUGAUGAGAAAAGAGUGAUCCCAAAUUGGGAUUCUCAGUUCUUGAAUCAUGAGAGUAGUGUACAGGAAAGAUUUGACUUUGUUGAGGGUGAAAUAAGUAGAUCUUUUUCAAAUGAAAAUGGGGUCACAAAUUGGGAUUCUCAGAUUUUGCAUUAUGAGUAUAGGGGUCAAGAAAGGUCUAAUCUUGAUAAGGUUGAGAAAAGUAGAUUCUUUUCGGGUAUAGAUGGGGUCGAAAACACGGAGGUGUUUAAUGAGAGGGAAGUAGGUCAAGUUUGGAAUUCUCAGUACUUUUUUGGUGAAUCAAUGGUGGUUGUUGCGAAUGGAAACUAUGGGGUUGAAAAGGUAUCCCACAUUGACCAUAAACCUUUAGGCUUGCCUGUUAGGAGCCUGAGAUACAGAGCUAAUGCUGAAAACUCUGAAUCUGUUGUUGAAGAUAUCGCUAAUUCAGGGGGUUCGUCUGGUAGUAUUGGUUAUGAAGUUAGAGAGGAGAAGAUAAGAGGUAUGGCUCCCAGCAAUUUGAGUAGGAAGUUUGAGGAAGCUUCUGGACCUCGCCAAGUUUCAUGGCGCUCGAGGUCUCAGAAGAGGGAGCUAGAAGGAGUGAAUACAGUUAGACCACCUUCGCAUUCUAGACCUCACUCGGUUGGACAAUUGGAGUUUGGGUCUCUCAAGUCUAGGUCAUUCGGUAAACCGGAAUCCUCUAGGACUAGUCCUACCUCUUGUUCACCUGGCAUUACCUCACCUUCAUCCUCUUGUUCAUUGGAGAAUGAAAGUGGAAAAAUGCCACACUGUGACCCACAUUAUGCAUUUGAGAGUAUAUCCUCACAACAGACAGGAGCAUCCGUUGGAGAAUCAGCAGUUUUAACUUCAAAUGUCAAACAAUCUAGCAAUGAGUCAUGUUCAGAAAUGAAUGUGCUGCUGAGAGAUGACUACGUCGAGGAGGAUGCAAAAAAGAUGAAAAUGUAUCCUUCCAGCAGAGAAGCAUGUCAUGUUCAAGGUCAUCCACAUUUUAAGUCCCACUCUGCUGGAGAAACUGAGUUUGAGCAUCAGGAGCCAUGGUCAUUCUGGAAUCGAGUACGCGCUCAUAUUGUUCCCAGUUCUUCUUCGCCCAGAACAAUCUCACCACCAAUAUCUUCUGUCCCUCCAGAAAUGUCAAACUCCAGACGGCAAGACCUCGAGAGACUCAAUAAUGUCAAGCCUCCACCCAUCCAAGUUAGUCAACCAACAGCGAGAUCAGUUGAUGAUCCAGCUGCACUUAUCACUUCAAAGACUAGACGAUCUACUGUUGGUUCUUCCACCGAGUUUGAUACACUUCGCACAUCUAAAGAUAAACUGAAGGAUGUUGCACCUGUGAAUGGUGAAGCAACACACCAUACCUCAAAGUCUCGAGCAUUUAGCGUUGGUUCUUCUUCAGAAAUAACCUUGCAGGAAGGUUCAAAAGAUAAAUUGAAGCAUGCCAGUAAGGAUCUUAAACAGGAUUCAUCGUACACACAAAAAGAAAGUGUCAACGCCUUGGUCUCGGAUGUGAAACAGCCAGCGCGGGCGAAAAUUUCAUCAAGGGGAAAAUCAGUCAGAACAUUUAGAACCCGAAGAAGUUAUAUUGAAAGAUCCAAAAGAAAGGUUGAUUGUCCAAAAGAAGGUGGAGAUAUAAAUGAGAUAAGUUGUAAUCAAUUUGACACAAUAUCUUCCUUGAAAUGCAUUAGUCGAGAAGGGGAUUCGAAACCACCAGUCGAUUCCAGAAAAGGCAUUCUUGACAAUUGUGAGCCAAUUCCAAGCUCAGCAUUCUUUGAAAGUGAGCCUGAAGAAAAGCAACAUGUUGCAAAUACAGACCUUAUGGAGUCCAAGGAUAAUUCAGAAUCCAAAGUGAACUCAGAGAGUAAUUCUCACGUGAGUUCAGAUGAAGAAGCUGACUUUGACCUUGCUGAUGAUGUGGAUCUAGGAAGUGAGGUUGAUAGAAAAGCUGGUGAAUUCAUUGCCAAAUUCAGAGAACAGAUUAGGCUUCAGAAAAUUGAAUCAUUUCGACGGACCAGUGGUUAGUUGCUGACAAUUUCUUUGAGAUGUGUAUAGUGAUUCUAGUAUGCUAAAGAGGGAUGUAUUCCCUUGUUUAGUGGGAACCCGAUCAUUUGUUUAUAUGUUUCGCCUCUCUUUGUGUAAACAUACUCUUGGAAUGUUAUUAGAAAUUACCUGCUCAAGUGUCUAGGAGGGGCAUAUUUUCUUGCAUCCUUCCCUUCUUGGAAGAGAAAGCCGUAGUCUAUUGGAAAACUAUCUUGAGUUCUCCAUCAGUAUAACUUUCAUUUUACUCCGAAUUCAUGUUACCUUGCAAUUCAUUAUUCAAGAUUAUGUUUAUUUAUUUUCA